AUAUAAUAUAAUAUAAUAUAAUAUAAUGGCGGGAGGCGAUGAGGUGGUGUUCGAGGACUUUUUUCCAUCGAUGGUGGAGAAGCUUGGAGCAGAAGGAUUCUUGAAGGAGCUGUUUAACGGGUUCCGUUUGUUGACGGAUGGGGAGAAGGAUGUGAUAACGUUUGAGAGCUUGAAGAGGAACUCGGCGCUGCUGGGAUUGCACAACAUGAGCGAUGAGGAGCUGAGGUGCAUGUUGAAGGAAGGGGACGUGGACGGGGAUGGAUGCCUGAGCGAGAUGGAGUUUUGUGUGCUCAUGUUCAGGCUCAGUCCAGAUUUGAUGGACAAAUCUAGGAUGUUGGUUGAGGAUAUCAUUGCCAAUCAUUUCUAGGCUAGCUAGGUUUCGUUAAUUAGGAUAUAUAUAUAUAUAUAUAGGCGGCUACCCUAGCAACGCCAACGCAAUUUAUUAGCCCAUUUCAUGUAUGGUUGGUUCUUCAUUAAUGUCUCUUCUUUUUUGGUACGUCUUAUUUGUGUUGCUUCUUAAUUGUUUCGUUUGGUACGUUCUUCAUCAAUGGAGGUGGGCUGUUACUGGACAA